UAGUCGAAUGUGUAGCGUCUGAUCUUACUGUCUCCACGAGGUUUCCAAGAUGGCUAAGAAGAAGGAUGGCGAUAAAUCAGCGCAAAACGCUGAUUCCAAUAAACAAGACAAAACAGAAAAUCAUGAUGACGGAAAACCUAACUUCGAUGAUCCCGAGGGCUAUGUGGACAACAUUACUGAUGAAGAAUUGCUUGGUGAUCUGUUGAUGCAAAAACCUCGUGAAACUGAUGGAGUUGAAUCUGUUGUUGUUGUUGAUGGAGUACCUCAGGUUGGACCAGAAAGAUUUGAAAAAUUAUCCUCUGUUAUCAACAAAUUGUUUUCCAAAGUUGGUGUCAUUGUUAAUGAAUACUAUCCGAAAACAGAUGAUGGCACAACAAAAGGGUACAUAUUCCUCGAGUACAGCAGCCCAAAGUAUGCUUUGGAAGCUGUUAGCUUACUGAAUAACCACAAGCUAGACAGGCAGCAUACCUUUUUGGUAAAUCUGUUCACAGAUUUCAAGAAAUAUGAAGAAAUUUCUGAUGAAUGGGAGCCACCAGAACCCCAGCCAUAUAAGGAGCAGGGAAAUCUACAUUAUUACAUGCUAGAACAGGAUGCAUUUGACCAGUAUUGUGUUUCACAUGGGGGUGAAUUGAAAGUGUCUAUUUGGCUCAACAGCAGUCCAACCCCUGAGUUGAUAAUGGAACGUGAUCGCUGGUCAGAGUCCCACACAAUAUGGUCCCCACUCGGAACUUACCUUGCUACCUUCCACAAGCAAGGUGUGGCUUUGUGGUAUGGAGAAAAAUUCGAUAAACUCAGAUUUUCACAUCCUGGAAUUCAGUUUAUUAAUUUUUCACCAUGUGAAAAAUACCUUGUUACUUGUUCGCCAGUUGCUGAUGAUCAUAGUGAUAAAAAAACCUCAAUUGCAUGGGACAUUCGCACUGGACAGGAAAAAAGAUCAUUUCCUCUAGAUACGACGACAACGACAAUAUGGCCAAUUCUUCGUUGGUCUCACGAUGACAGAUAUUUUGCAAAAUUAGGUACUGAUAUUCUUAGUGUCUAUGAAACGCCGUCAUUUGGUUUACUGGACAAGAAGAGUAUAAAGAUUACUGGUAUAAGAGAUUUCAGCUGGUCACCAUCUGAUAAUGUUUUGGCAUACUGGGUAGCAGAAGAUAAGGACGUGCCAGCCAGAGUUUCACUUCUUGAGAUACCAAGUCGCAAUGAAGUCAGAGCAAAGAAUCUUUUCAAUGUCGCAGAUUGCAAGAUGUAUUGGCAAAAGACAGGAGACUAUUUGUGUGUGAAUGUGAAUCGAUAUAUGAAACUUACAAGGAAGGAAAAGAAUGAAAUCAAAUACAGUGGAAUGUAUUACAAUUUUGAAAUUUUUCACAUGAGGGAAAAGCAGAUACCUGUAGACAGUGUUGAAAUCAAAGAAAACAUCCUGCAGUUUGAUUGGGAACCAGUUGGUUCAAAGUUUGCAAUUAUCCAUGGUGAUACAAACAAUACUAGUGUAAGCUUCUAUGGUGUCAAAACAGGACAAGCACCAACACUCCUGAAAAAAUUUGAGAAGAGGAACUGUAACAAAAUGUAUUGGGCACCAUGCGGACAGUUCAUUGUUUUAGCCAGUGAUGCUGGAUCUUUGGAGUUUGUUGACACAAAUGAUUUUGUUAUAAUGAAUACAACAGAACAUUUUAAUGUGUCACAUAUUGAGUGGGACCCAACAGGUCGGUAUGUUGUUACUGCAGUGACAGUCUGGAAAGCGAAGGAAGACAAUGCUUACUGGAUCUGGUCAUUCCAAGGAAAAAUACUGAGUCGGACACCUGUGGAUAUGCUUUAUUGCUUUACAUGGCGACCUCGGUUGCCAACUUUGUUGACACAGAAACAACAGAAUGAAAUAAAAAAGAAUCUUAAAAAAUAUAGCUCUCAGUUCGAAUCAAAAGAUCGUACACGUAUGUGGAAGGCAUCAAAGGAAUUGAUAGAGAAACGAGCAAAACUGAAGGAGGAAUUUGCAGAGUAUAGAGCUAAAUGCACUGAGCAAUGGAUGCAGCAAAAGGAUAGGCGUAUGGCUCUCAGAAACAAUAUUGAUACUGAUGAACUUGAUUCAGACCCAAGAAACUUUGAAGAGGAAGUAGUAGAAUUUUUUGUCAAAGAAGAGAGGAUAUUGUUGGACUAAAGUGAGGAUCUGAAGUAGAAGCCAUUCUUGGAAACCUCUGACAGUGGACAUAAAGGAAUACAGUAUUUGUAGAUAUACUGUUAAGUAUUGGUGAAUGUGGGGAGCGGUCCCCACAUGUAACUUCAAUAUGUCUCUCUAUUGUGUGGAGAAGUAUUGGGGGAGUGUGACUUCCUAUCACUGUGAACUCUGUUUUUCUAGAAUGACAUUUAUGAAAAACUGUCCAGGGCAGUCUGUGCUUAAGUCAGUAAUUUCAUUUGUGUGUUGUGGUCUUGUAAUACUGAGUUGCUUACCGGUACAUCGUUAUAAAAUAUUACCAUUCAGACUGUAUUUUGGAAAACUCUACCAUGUUCCAUACAGAAUAUACCAGCAAUUAAAUAAAUGUAUUUUUUGUGAAAUUGCAUUUCAUCUGUACAGAUUGUGCAAUAAUAACUGGAAAUAAGAGAAGUGUUCCUAAUCAUUUGCAAAAUCACAAAAAGAGUAUACCAUAUUACACUGUACAGUGCCUAGCAGUGCCACAUAGUAAAAACUGUGUUUAAAAUUA